UCGCGCGCAACCGCGUAUGCCGCUCCAUCCUCUUCUGCGACUGUCAAACUGUUUUAUACCACUGUGUCUCAACGACUACCAAUAUCAAGACCAUAAUCAACCUAAACUGUUAGUCAACAUUCACAUCCGGAAUUGAUAACUUCCCAAAAUAGAUUCCCACUGUGGAGCCAAAGAGAAGUUCUAAUUUCCUGAGUGUAUUUGCCUAUUGCUGGAACACGGACCGGACAGCUGUAGGAUUGUGUCAGUACUCCGGGCUAUUUUCUAUUUCCCCACCUACAACCCAUGUCGAGUGGCCGGUCCGUCCUGGAGGGCACGGGAGGAGCUAUGAACGGCACCCUGCGCUCGGUUCGGAAGGGCAUCUCAUGUCGGUUCCAGGACCCAAACUGCACGCGCAUCGUGGAGACGCUUUCCUCCUGGAAUGACACCGUGGUCAAUGAGUACCGGCUGGUGGAUCUGCCUUCUGUCACCUCUAUGGCCAUGGUGCAGGAAGCCUCUCGCCACCCCUUCCCAACUGUGGAUGUACCUGACCAUGUCCAUUACACUAUAGGGGUAGUCAUUCUGGCUAUCGGCAUCACCGGCAUGGUGGGCAACUUCCUGGUUAUCUAUGCCUUCAGCAGGAGCAGGUCACUGAGGACUCCGGCCAACAUGUUCAUCAUUAACCUGGCCAUUACUGAUCUCCUGAUGUGCCUCACACAGGCACCCAUCUUCUUCACCACCUCCAUGCAUAAAAGAUGGAUCUUCGGGGAGAAAGGUACUCCACACCACCUUCUAACUCACCUGAGGUCAAUUAUUUUCCAAUUUUCCAGACUUUUCUGA